AGGGCGUACAAUUUAACGCGUCCAAAAUCCUCCCAAGCGGAGAUAUCCGCCUAUACGCAGGCACCCCAAGCCAAGCCGAACUACUCCGACACCACCGAGACGCCUGGCAAGACGUCCUGGGCGAUAACGCUGAAUGCCUGUUGCCGGUGUUUAGCAUAGUCAUCUACGGCGUCGCCCGUCGAUCAAUAGAAUCUUAUAACCCCGAGACGAUCCUACGGAAGUAGGAAUUCGAGAACCGGAUGGUCAUUAACGAGAACCAAUCGAAUACGCUAAACUGGGACGGCACUAUCAAACGUGUCGACCGCUUCGACCGAUCCUAUCAGAUCAAAAGAUACUUCAAAUGCUACCAAUACGGACACAUAGGACCACAGUGUCGGAAUCCCCUCACAUGUGGCAAAUGCGCGGCCCUUAACGGGCACAAGACCGAAGACUAUACGGCCCCAGAAGACGCUAUCAAAUGCGUCCUCUGCAAAGGACCACACGUUGCCUGGUCAUCUACCUGCCGCUUCUAUAAGGACGAAUCGCUCCGGGCACGCAAAGCCCGAGAAAUGAUCAAAAUCAACCGCUUCUGGCCAGAAGCACCCAUCGCUAUUAUACCUGGCCCCUCAGAGAUCUUAUCUCAGCCACGAAGCCCCCCCCAAUCGGCUAUAACGCCAGAAACGGCGUCGUUAUCGCAAGCCCCACCCAUAGCAGUACAAAUCCUAAGCCCAGAUCCGGACGACGACCAAUUUAUGCGCGACCGCGACCAGAUCGCAGGAUAGAAACGCAUUAAUCAUGAUGCCUCACCACAGUAAAGGGCGAGAAAAAAGACGCCGUUCGGAAAUAGCAACCGCUAACCCAUAACCACAACCCAAAUUGGAUCGGAUGGAUCACCACGAAAGAGGGCCCAGGCCUACACCAGAGCCAAAUCUACGCUAGGACUGACGGUAUUCGCCGACAGCGGGGCCUUUGAAGACUAAGAGAACCGCUCGGAUCUCUGCAGUAGCUUGGG